CCCAGGGGUGUGGUGCUGGUGACUUUCCCACUGGGUCUGGUGGACUUCAACCAGUGUGAGGACUCCAGUAACAACUCUGGUCAACACAUCUUCGCCGGCACCCACAAGUGUGAUGUGUCGACCACCAGAUGUGUACCAGUGGCUGGUCAUGGUUUCCGUCGUGGUGGGUAUAAGUGCCAGUGUCGCAGCAACUACUACCUGCCCAACACUACCCGCCAGUACUACAAUGGCACUGUCCUGGAACUGGCCUACUCUCACAAGCGUGCAACACGUACAUUCAGGUGUGAGCCAUGUCCGGCGGGGUGUGAGGAGUGCUCAGCUUCCCUCAUGUGCACUGUCAGGUACGACAACUUGAGUCGUGUCGUGCCCGUCUGUGUGGAGGCUGCCUGUGUCGUGCUCUCUCUUAUCUUCGGCUUCGUCGUCUUCAAGAUCCGCAAGUGUAAGGUGAUCGCUGCUUCACUCUGGACAAUGUUGGAGAUGUUACUCUUGGGAGGAGUUGUUAUCUACUGCACCGUGAAUUUUUUCCUGCGUUACCUGGGAGCCUACAGUGCUGGGUGUGUAUGGUGGGAGCCUUGGUUCAGGAGCUGGGAUUUUACGCUCUUCUAUGGUGUCCUCCUUCUUAAAAUGUACAGGUGUCUUGUUGACUACCGUACAAGGAAGGCUCAUCGCUAUGUGAUCCGUGACCGUGACUUGCUCAAGUACCUGGCUGGUCUGGUUGUCUUCAUUACUGGGUACCUGGCUGCCUGGUCUGCCCUUACUGCCCACCUGGCCACCGAGGGACACUCACCCCUGGCCCUUGGUCGCACCACUGAAGGACUGGCCUUUACUGUCUGCAAGAGUGUUUGGUGGGAGUACGUCACAGAGUCUGGAGAACUUCUCUUCAUCCUAUUUGGUUUAUACCUGUCAUGGCACCUUAAUAAAGCUGCGGGGAACUCUGGCGAGUGCAGCGAGCUGUCAGAACGUCGUGCCCUGGCCAGCGCCCUGGUGCUGGAGCUCAUCACAUCAACAGUGUUGUACAUCGGACGUCACUUGGUCUGGCUACGAGCACAUCCAGACCAUGUCUUCCUGGCUUAUUUUGCAAGAACUCACCUCACUAUUACUCUUUCUGUUUUGAUGAUCUUGACUCCAAAGCUGUGGUGCGCUUUGAGUGGUGGAGGGCGAGACUUACCCAGAAGAACCUACUCCUCCACAGAAGCAGUCCAGGACCCACCUCGCUUCUGUGAUGCUCUUACCAAUGGUGAUCUUGAAGCUUCAGAUAUCAACCUUAGUCAGAUGGACCCUGAGGAGAUUAGGACUGAACUGAGACGUGUGUACACACAACUUGAGAUUCUUCGCACCAAGACCAUGAGGAAGGACAAUCCCCACAUCUCCAAGAGACGCGGAGGACGUAAAGCCACUCACAGAAAGUUCUCACUACAGAGUCGCAAAGGAAGUCGAGAAAAGUCAUUUCACCGUCACCACCAACGCCCUCUACUCCACUCCCUGGAAGGCUGUGAGGGUGACAUUAGCAAAACACCAGAAGAAUCUGUAUGUUCCAUUGAAGGUCCCUCAGUUCUCUCUGUGUAUAAUGAUGGUCCAUCAGAUAUGGGAACCCCAUCAAUCCUGCAGAGAUCAUAUAAAUUAUGAAAAUAUCAUUCAAGGAUGCAUAUGUCGUCCAACUCUGUAGAAGUCAGAGAACACCCACAUAUUUUGCUAACACUUGAUUGUCAAGUAAAGCAAGAGGUGAAUAGCUGUAUAAGUGUGAUGCAUUUAAACACACUGUGUGCCACAGACUAGGCAUACACACUACAUGUUUGUACAAAUAACAGCUUGUUAGUAAAAUAUGGGGAAAUUGCUUAUAUUUAUUCUUAAAAAGUUUAUACAGUAUAAAUUGCAAAUUUUGAAUACAUUUAAAUAAUUGAGAAUUAAUAUUGAGGAAAUAAUUCCCAAAACAAAAUAGUGAAGUUGUAUGAUGGUAAUUGAAGUUUCCAAGUAAUCAAAGAGUGAACCUUGGCUACAAGCUAACCUAGCAACAUAGCUUUAACAUUGUUAAUACAUUUCGUAACUGUCAGUAUUUUUAUAAAUCAAUUAUUUUUCAUUCUCUGAACAGUAUCAAAAGUAUUGUAUGGAUUCCUUGUUAUUAGAUUUGUUUAGGUGGAAAUAUUUACUAAAAUUUUAAUCUUUUAUAUUUCUCCCUAAAACUGAUUUGGCAGGCAGUCUUUUCUAUUGAUUUACACAUGUAUAUACACUUUGAGUUGUUCAUGCAAAAAAUAGUUAUUUUAAUGUUGUAGAUGUAAGAAGUUGUUUGAACAUUGUUGGACUAUGUCUUUAGAAAGUACUUAAUGUAAAAUAUAGCUGCAUCUUUUGUAAAGAUUUCUUGUUAUAUAUAUUUUUAUGUUACAGUGCAUAGCUACUUGUCAGAUGCAGGAGAUAUAAAUUUAAUCUAAAGUGUAGGGGUUAUACAGUGUUUGGAGGAAUAGAAGGCAGUUUAGUUUGAUCCAAGAAAAGAGAUGAUAGUUCCCACUCUUUGGAUCACAUACCCUUGCCAGCAUAUAGAGGCCUUCCUUGAGGGGAGAGAUUGUGUAGAAGUGCCUCGAGGGAGAUGCCAGCAAAGGGGCUCUUGAUUAAGCUGACCUAUCCUCAUCCUUGGCUCAAAUGUGAUUGCUUCUAAUAUCCAUAAGUGCUGUAUGACCCCUACAAAUUUAGUGCACACCCUGCCCCCCCCCCCCACAAAUGUAAUGUGUUGUAUUCCUUCCCCUCCCAACCCCUCAACAGUAGCCAUCUGACUAAUAUAACUUGUUCUGGUGGGGUGAGUUAAUACUUGAUAAGUCUGUAUUUCAAGUUGCAGUUUGUGGCCAAUAUAAAUCUGAAAUGAAUGAAUCUUCUGGUUAGGGCACGCCUCACCCUUUGUAGCUUGAUUGGUAGAGAACCAAACUGGUAAGCUGCUGCCAGAUGGCAAGUUUGAAUCUUUGCACUGCAACUGAAUUAUUCUGUACACCUCUUCCCCCCUAAACACACACACUCUUGUAUACCUACAUUAGGUGUUGUAAAUAUACACGUACAUAAAAAGAUCCUACAGAAAACAAGACCUCUUACCAUAACUGUUUUAAAUAUAUAAUGCUGAAAUGUAUAAACGUUCCUCACCUAAACUAGUACUUCAUAUGAUUACCCUUUCUCUUGAUGCACUCUAUAUAUUUCCUAGGCACUGCCACACCACCUUAAUGGCACUCGAGAUUUUGGGACACUUUCAUGCCACAAAGCUGACACUUAAUAAAUUUCCAAACGUUCUCUAUUGGAUUUGAGUUCAGUGUGUCUCCAGGCCAGUCAUUAAAGUACAGAAAAAAUCACAACAAUUUAGCCAGUUCUUUAUCUUUGGCAGUAUGGCAAGGGUCAUUGUCUUCCAUACAAAAAUUGCACUGGCACUUCUUGAAUCUGUUAGGCAUAUAGUCUGCAUAUUUAUGAUACCUACUGUGCGUGCUUGCAUGCUGAUUCAGAAAUAUCUGAUUUAGUCCUAUCUGUGGAGACUUUGAGAGGUGAAAAACUAUAUAAUCAUUAACUGGUUGUAUGAGGAAGAGAUGAGCAUUAAUUGGGGGGAUAUGAUGGCCUGGAAUUUGCAUGUUAAAUGAGCAGGAGCCAGUUUUUGAAGUAGGGAAACAGUCCUAAGUUUUUUGGCUAUUUGAGAAAUUAUGAUUUGGGAAAGAUCAAGGCAUCACUGUAUUAUGUAAUAUUGUACAGUACAGGAUGACCUCACAUGGAGUUACAUUCCUGAAAUCGUCACUUUAUGUAAUAUGCAUAACAUGUGGAAAAAUAGGGUUGGGUUCAGUACCUCUAACAAAGUCAUAAAAAUUUCAAGUGUUUAUUUCAACAAAAACAAUAAGUUUUGACAAAAUACAAUCUAGAUGUUGCUUGUUGAUCUAGAAAUGUAUGUGUACUGAAAAGCCUAAAUAAAAGCUAACUUAGUUAACUUCUUUAAAGACAGUGGGAAGCUGAUGCUUGAUGCAGUAAACCACUUACAGAUAGUCGUCGACUUAUGACCAUAAAUAUUUGUACACCUGGUAGCACAAAUGAGGUUGUAUGAUAGUGAUUCUGCUCAUCAACAGCAUCAUGCACACAUCUACUCACAUCUUUCUCUGUUUUUUACUAGCUUCAGUGUCAUGCACAUUUUAAAGAAAAAAGGAUAUAAAGGUUAUAAAAUACAGCCUCUCCUCACUUAACGACGGAGUUACAUUCUUAAGACCACGUCGGUAAAUGAAUUCGUAAAUAAGUGAGGAGCAUACUAUAAUGGUAGUGGGUUUGUGUCAGCAAUCUUUGAUAUUGUUUUAAUGUCACCUUUGCACCAUUUAUAACAUUUCUGGCAUAUUUUUAAAUGUUUAUACCGUAGUGUACUGUAUAUUGUAAUAAACAUUUUAUUUAGGUAUGCAUACUGGUCAGUGUCCAUCGUAAGUCCGAGGCGUCAGUAAACGAGUACGUUGCUAAGAGAGGAAAGGCUGUACGUAAUUACAAUACCUACUCGACUUAGACCAGUCAGUUGGAACCUAACAUGGUUGAAAGUCGAUGAUUAUCUGUACUCCUUCCAAAGAAAAUGGGCAUAGCACACCUUACAGAGAAAACAGACAAGGCUAAUACAUCACCAGUGACCAUUAUAAACUUAACACAUAAUAUCAGUAUUAAAUAUUAAAAAAGUAACAUGAAAGAGGUUCACCCUACCUUAAAUUUGUUUCCCUUGCUGAUGAAGCAGUGUUUGGAGUUGGUUAUGUACCUCACUGAACAUUAUUAUAAUCAACUUAAGCACUAAACCCAAAAGGGCCAUACAGAUCACUGCACAGUAGAUGGCUGUGUGUUUUUCUGUUUUAUCAACUAACUCGUAUCACAUGAUGCCAUCACGUGAUUUACUAUACAAAUUUCUCAUUUAUAAUAGUUAAGAAUUUUAUACCUUAAUCCCAUUCAACUAUUUUAACUAUCCAAUAAAGUGAACAGAAAUUAGAAAUUUGGUUAAUUUCACACAAAAUUAAAAAUAUGCCAGUAUAAAAAUAAUUGAAAAUAAAUGUACACUCCUAGAACUAAAACAAUAUUUCCUCUGUUCAUUAGUCAUGUCCACAGGCCUUUCCUACAUUACACUUGCUUUCCAUUUUGAAUUCUUAUUCACACAAACAACAGAAGAUUUACUCUAUUCCUCAGAUAAUGAUAUACAGCCCGGAAAGACUGUUCAUCGUUUACAGUAUCCCAAUAAUUGAAUCAACCUUAUUAAAAACCCAUAAAACAGACUUGGGGUUGUGGGGAGGGGGUGCCGUACCUAUCCUCUGGAAUAUCGACAAAAAUUUAAUAUUUUCAUUACUUUGAGCUCACUACUUCCAGUCCUGAAAUCAAUCAAAAUCAUCUAUACUUCAGUAAUAUGUCUUCCAUUCUGUCAUAUAUCAACAAACUGCCAGUAAAACCAUAAAAAGCAUCAAAAAAUACACCACAAAGUCAUUUUAAACCAUACAUACAGUCAUAGUUUUGUUUUUCCCAUCUUGCACUGUGUGGGGGAGGAAUUUUUUAUUUUUUAAUAUGGUGUACACUCGACAUAGACCCAUUCUCUCAUAUCUAUCCCAAAAUUUACUGCUCACAGCUUAUUCGAGCGAGCUGAAAUUAUAACGUAGAACUACGUGAUGGACCCUGAGCUCAAAGCCAUAAUACUACAAGACGGCCAUCAAAAGGGUUAAAUGCCUUGUUUUACUGCUUGUUGAUAAAGAAGUGUCUGGAUGUUAUUAAAGAAGUGUUUGGAGAUGUUUAUGGGAGCAGUUGGUGGCUAUGAGCCAUCUUGUCAUAUUUUUAUCCAGUGAUGCCUCAUACAUUGAAUCAGCUGACAGCAAACAAUUGACAAUACAAAUUUUUUGUUUAUAAUACCGUAGUGACAGACAUUUAUUUUAUCUUUCUUUAAAUUCUUUGCUCUCUUGCAUAUUGAUGUAGAGGUGUUUGAAGAUUGUUAUGCAUAGCUCGUCAGCACAAAAGACUGUUGUGGGUCAUCUGUUUUGUUGGCCGAUGCCACUCGUUUCAUCACAUGAGGCCAUCACACAUUUCACUACAUGAUUCUCUCGUUUAUAAUAGAAACAAUAAAGAAUUUUAUCCUAC